AUGGAAAUCUGGAAUGCAAGAUUAGUAUACAUUAUACAAUGUAUAUAUCCUUCUAACACUGAUGGAUUCGUGAUUCCAAGCUUGGAAAUAGGAGACUUAGAUCGGAGUAAAACUGAUGUUUCAGAAGUAGAAGCCUCAAAACCUCCUUCUCCAAAGGCCAAAAAAGAAGAGAAUAUCUACCUAGGUCCACACGGAGCACCUCCUUCACAGUCAAAGCAGCAAGAGCCAAAUUCUGCUGGUCGUAAGCAGCGGUUCAAGCAAAAAUUGAAGGAAGCAGAUGAGAGGACCAGUGGGACAGGUCGGGAGAAUAAGUUAGAGAGUCUCAGAGAACUUGUGGGUGGUGGCAAAGCCACCGGCAACAUGACAAAGGGCUCUACCAGGGAUUGGCUAGACCCACAUUGUCAUGAGUCUCAGUUUGAGAAGUGGGAUCCCCAGUGAGUGGAAUAUUUGAGAGCUUUUUAAACUGCACACAGGGUUAUCUUUGGAGACUGAAUUUAUAAAAGGUUAUGUAUUUUGCAAUAAAUUUUCAACCAGGCCUUUGAGAUUUGCUUUUGCUGCGAAAGAUUCUUUAAGUAGCAUUUCCGAUGUUUGGGUUGUAUUUGCUGCAGUUGGUGUUUGGCCCUUCUCUUAUUUUGUGCUCCUUCCACUUUGAGUUUCGGUCACUGUUGGAUCUUUAAAAAAAAUAAAAAAAUGAUGAUAAUAACCUCAAGCGGAAUUUUGCUUGUUCUUUAAAA